AUGAAAGCGCUGUCCCAAGUCAUCGCUGUGCUUGUCGUUGCCAGGUCAUACACCCACGGCUAUGCGAACCCUGACACUGUCGUCGACGGAUGCCGCACCGUUCGGACUAACGACGCGGAACGACUCAUUGCGCUGUCCGAGACCGCCCGUUGCUGGAUGUCGACGGCGGAGAUUCGAAUUCUCCAUCAAAACAAUACGGGGUUCGUCGACGAUACGGACGGUCUGUGGACCGAGGGCACCCGACUCGGCAAAGAACGCCAGGCGAUGCGCCUCUCUGCGAAAUCUUACCCCACCACGCCCGCGUUCCAAACGGUCGUGAAAGCCAUCAACGCCAAAGUCAACCCGAAAGACCUCAAGACUCUCCUCACUACGUUUGUUACCAAGUUUACUACGCGACACAAGACGUCGGUGCAAGGAUUGGCGUCGAGCAUGUGGCUGUACGACCAAGCGGUUGCGCUGUCGAAUGCGCAUGGUCGCAACGAUGUCACGACGUCCGUGAAGAAGUAUGAUCACGGGUGGGGCCAAGUAUCGGUGAUCUUUCGAGUUGACCCAGUCAAACCCGCGGUGAACAAGGACUUGCUCAUCUUGGGGGCGCAUCAGGAUUCCAUCAACCAACGGGGUGGACAGGCAGCGCCAGGUGCCGAUGACGACGGGUCAGGCACGGUCACCAUCUUCACUGCGCUCAAGUACUUGCUGUCGUCGCCGCAGUGGGUCCCAACCCGUCCUAUCGAGUUUCAAUGGUACUCUGCCGAAGAAACAGGCCUCCAAGGCUCCAAGCAGAUUGCAGCUGCGUACGCCAAGGCCAAAGUUGACGUGUACGCCAUGUACCAAAACGACAUGACGGGGUGGCACCGCGGGGGCACCAAAGUGAUCAGCUUCACGGACGACUACACAACGCUCCCGCUCACCAAGUUCCUCGAGUCGUGUGUGACUACGUACCUGACGACCAAGGUGAGCCACAACACGUGCGGCUACGGGUGUUCGGACCACGCGUCUUGGUUCAAUGCGGGGUACCCCACCGUGUACCCGUUUGAGGAAGAUGGCGCAAUAAACCCCAACGUCCACUCGGCCAAGGAUACCAUCGCAACGCUCGACUUUUCCCACAUGGCUGAGUUUACUCGCUUGGCUGUGGCGUUCGUCGUCGAGUUGUCCCAAGCCAAGAAACGUUUCCAGUGAUUGUUGACGUGGUCGAGAGAUCGCCGACGGGCAGCCACUACCCCAUUGCAGACUCGACGCGUUGUCGAGACAUGUAUCAAUCCAGGGUGGUGAAUUGUGUGC